GGAAGAAAGGAGUGUGUUUGUAGAGUGAAGUGGCAGCUGCGCGUCCUGGGCCAGCUCCUCCUGUCUGCGCAUUGCCAACAGUCCGGAGACUGAGGUUUGUGUGGACAAGGCUCCACUGCUCCCAGCUGCCAGAGGAGGACCUUGAAAGAGGAAGUUUCUCUCUCUCUGGAAACAGACAAUGCCGGAGGAAUAGGGAGAAGUUCGGCAUUUAAUCGACGUCUAAAACGUCUCUCUCGGAGGGUUGAGCAGCUUUCUUCUUUCGCUAUGAGUUGUUUGGCGACAUUUCCCCUGUUAUCAGUGGGACCCCGCGUGUUUCUGGGAUGAACUGGUGGAUUUAAAGUUUACGCACAGCCCGUUUGGCCUGUUUUCGUGCGGUUCGGUUUCCUCCCGCAGCGGAGGGCACGCUCUGAAAGCGAUCCCUCUGAACAACUGCGCGUCCUGUCCUCUGACUGUCUUCAUCUGGAGUUAAUAAGACACCAAAUGUUGUGAGGAAACUACAGAACAUCACCGAAGCUCCGCUGCGGGAUCUUUGUCUUCUUCUUCUCCUUUUCCCCCCCUUUUGGGUGGGUUUGUUUUACUCGAAGGAUCCACAAUGAGGGCGUUUGUUUGUGUCAGUUUGGCUCUGAUUUAUUUGAUCACCUGGACCGAAGCCGACAAACAAACUCAUCUGAAGAGAGUGCCUCUGCGCCGACGCGUAAAGACGGGACGUGCCCAGCAGCGCGCAACCGACAAGGGGGGCUUCGUCGGGCGUCUGCGCCCGGAAUUUGGAUCCGCGAUCACUUCACAGAGCUCAACGGGUGGCGCAAACGUACAGUCUGAUGAGGGGGCCCGAGUUCCCGUCAGGACAUGGGCGUCGAAGGACAGAAGAGCGAGAGGUGGGGGGUUGUCGCCACGGAGAGGGGGCGCCGGGCAGAUCGGCUUGCCGCAGCGGUCGGACAUGCUGCAGGAUGAGGGCACUCCGGGAGCCAGGGCCAGGAUCUCCAGGAUGCCCAACAGUGCGGCGUCACCCAACCUGCUGGCCAGCUUCGCGGGGAAGAACCGGGUUCUGGUGAUCUCAGCGCCCCACGAGUCCGACGGCUACUACCGGCUCAUGAUGUCUCUGCUGAAGGCGGACGUCUACUGCGAGCUGGCCGAGAGGCAUGUCCACCAGAUCGUGAUGUUCCAUCAGGAGGGCGAGGUGGGGGGCAAGGUGAGGAGGAUCACCGCCGAGGGGAAGGUCCUGCAGGAGCCGCUGGACACGGCGCUCGUCCCCAGACUCAUGAGCUUCCUCAAACUGGAGAAGGGUAAGUUUGGAAUGGUGCUACUGAAGAAAACCCUGCAGGUGGAGGAGAAGUACCCCUACCCUGUGAGACUGGAGGCCGUGUACGAGGUCAUUGACCAGUCGCCCAUGAGGAAGGUGGAGAAGCUACGUCAGAAGGGCUUUGUCCAGAAGUGCAAAGCAGCAGGUGUGGAGGGUCAGGUGGAGGACGUCACACAGACAGCUCCUGAUCCUCCUGUAGAGAGAAAACCAAUGAAGAAGUUCCCCAGAAAGCCCACAAGGGUCUCAACCACAGCCGCUACGACCACCACCACCACCACCACCACCACACGGCCCACGACAGCACCAACACCAACCACGACCAGACCCACAACUACCACCACCACCACGACCAAAGCUACAACCAGGAGAACCACCACCACCACGAGAAGACCCACCACCACCCAGAGACAGACCAGAGCCCAGACUACAGCCGUGUGGCUCCCGCCUUCCAGAACAACAGCUGUUCCUUACGAUGACAACCACAGCGAGAGGUACCCGGCUAAAACCACCCCGACCGGAGACAACCGCACCGACAAGGACAACAGAGACUCUCAUGGCCACAAGCUGGUGCCUGUUUCACACAAACCCACCAAGACGAAGUCCGCCAAGAAGAACGAGGCAGAGAAGGUGCCACCUAAAGACUACGAGGACAACUACGAACCUGGCCAGCCGAUUCCGAGCGACCCAGAGGAGACGGAAUCUGUCCCAGAUGCCAGUCCGACCAAAAAAGUCAAAAGUAAACACGAUAAGAAGAAGAGAAAGAAUGGCAUCAAGAAACCUGACAGGAGAGGAGAGAAACCCCGGAAAGAGGAGAAGAGGAAAAAUGUAAGGAAGCUGACAAAGUACCCAGAAAAGCAGGAAUACCCGAAACCCACAAAGAAGCCAACGCCCCCUCUCAAGGGCGCCCUGGCCUCCUUCCUGGACUACUUUGAGAACAGGAGGCGGCUGCUGCUGAUCACCUCCCCCAGUGAGGAGACCAGAAUGUAUGUCCAGCAGAGGGACGAGUACCUGGAGUCGGUGUGUGAGAUGGCCAUCAGGAAAGUUUCCAUCAUCACCAUCUUUGGCUCCCUGACCAACUCCACCAUGAAGAUCGACCACUAUCAGAUAGAGAAUGACAAACCCAUGAAGGGUCUUCGUCAGGAGGACCUGGUCAACCAGGAGCUGAUCACAGAGCUGAGGAAGGAGUUCGGGAUGACGUACGAUGAGUUCUACAUGGUCCUCACCGACACCGACAUGAGAGUCAAGCAGUCCUACGAGGUCCCCAUCGCCAUGAAGGCGGUGUUUGACUACAUUGACACCUUCUCCUCCCGAAUCCGGGAGAUGGAGCAGCAGAAGAGAGAUGGAGUCGUCUGUAAGAAAGAGGACAAGCCCCGGUCGCUGGAAAACUUCCUGUCCAGGUUCAGAUGGAGACGUCGGCUGUUCAUCAUCUCCGCCCCCAGCGACGAGGAGUGGUCCUAUCAGCAGCAGCUGUACGCCCUGAGCAGCCAGGCGUGCAAUCUGGGUCUGAGGCACAUCGCCAUCCUGAAGCUGGUCGGUACGGAGCUGCCAGACAUGGGCGGAGUCCUGGAACUUUAUCCCAUCAAUGGCAGUGCUACAGUGGAGCGUGAAGGGCUCUCCGCCACCCUGGUGAAGGACAUGAGGAACUACUUCCAAAUCAGCCCAGAAUACUUCUCCAUGCUGCUUGUGGGGAAAGACGGCAACGUGAAGUCCUGGUACCCCUCGCCCAUGUGGUCCAUGGCUAUAAUCUAUGACCUGGUGGACUCCAUGCAGCUUCGCAGACAGGAGAUGGCCAUCCAGCAGUCGCUUGGCAUGCGCUGCCCUGAAGACGAGUACGGCGGAUACGGCUACCAUCAACACGGCUAUGAACACGGUUACCAGGAAGGCUAUCACCAGGGUUACGGAUAUUAAGCCGAUUAACGUCAAUUGUGUUACUGGUCCUCUUAUAUCCUUUCAUGAAGUUUUAUAGCCAUCUUACACAUGGUAGUCAGGGACGUAGUCUUUUGAAAUAUUUUGUAGCACUUAAAAGAAACUCCUGAGCUCCAUUCACGUACUCACUUCAAUCACGUACAGCACAUCGUGCCACCAGGUGCAGGCCGUGGACUUUUAUUCAGUCAGAGGUUGGAGGUUUUUUUGUAUUUGUCACUUUCCAGCAUCAAGCGUGUAUAAUCACCUACCACCUUUACUUACUUUGUCGAAGUUACAUUUUCAUAUUUUCAGUACAAAUCUUUUUUUUUUGUAGAUAAUGAGCUUGAAUAUGUAUUUAUUGGAAAUCUGUGGCAUCUAAAGUGCAAUUACCGACCUUUGUUCAAAUCUGUUACAUUAUUUCCCUUCUGUAAAGUCUACGUUGCUCUACAAUGUUCCUAUUUAUGUUAUGCUAGCAAAUAUGAUGAAUAAAAAUGUUUUUACUACUGG